AACCAAACUGUCAAAGGAGCUGUCAAUCGCGGUUUGUUUACAUUAGCACGCGUGAAAAUAGUUGUUCAAAAUGUUUGCAGCAUGUGAAAUUUGUAACGAAAAGGAACGAAAAUACAAGUGUAAAACGUGUUCUUUACAUUACUGUUCGGUGGUUUGUUACAAAAAACACCAAGAACAACCAUGUGAACCUCCAGCAUCAGCAGACGCAGUACCAGGAGGACCUGAAGCACUGAUUCGAGAAGACCGUGUACCCAAAAAAAUCAUACUUUUCAGCACGAUAGACACCGUUCCGGUGGAAAAGUUAGAGCUUCUCGGUCAAAGUGAGCAUCUGAAAAAUAUGCUGUACAACCCACAUUUAAGGCAGCUGCUGACAGAGAUCGAUAAUGCUCGGGAUGGAAUGAAUGCUGUGAAGGUCGCAAUGAUGGAGCCGCUCUUCGUAGAGUUUGCCGAUGAAUGUCUUCGGCUAGUGGAACCGGAGGAAGAUGCGUCGCAAGACAAUCUGAACGAGCUUGUGUUUACAAAUCGGCAACAUCGGAGGUAGAGCUCGAUGCGAUGUAAAAAUGUGAUAUUGUUCAUAAAACAAGACAGAUUUCUUUGUAUUAUCAGUCCAGACGUAAUUACUUUUCAACACUUAUACGAUAGAUAAAGAACAUACAAAAGAUUGUCGAA